CGCAAAUUUAUUUUUUCCCUUCCGACCGCGACAGACGCGAUAAAAGAGAGCUACUAGAAUUCGUUGCAAACAUAUUUAUUUCGUCAGCCAGCAUAUUCAUACGUAACAAUGAAGGUCUUUAUUGCAGUAGACAACAGCACGAUUGCAGAAAAAGCUUUCGAAUGGUAUUUCACCAACAUACACAAAGAAGGGAAUGAAGUGAUCAUCGGGCACGCAGCGGAACCCCCACAUUUACCAACCUAUGUUUUCUUGGGAGAGGUGGCGUACCCAGUUGAAGAAAUGAAAGCUGAAGCUGCGAAAGCCAAAGCAAAGAUUCAUGAACUUAAAAAAAAGUUUACGAACAUGAUGGCGAACCAUAAAGAUGUUUCCUACAAACUUGACUUCCACGUUAACGACCUUUCACCAGGUGAAGCCGUUGUAAAGAUGGCCGAUAAAGAGAAGUGUGACAUCAUAAUCACAGGGUCACGUGGUCUUGGUGUUGUACGACGUACAAUAUUAGGGUCAGUGAGCGGAUACAUUGUACACCAUGCUCGUGUUCCUGUGCUGGUGUGCCAUAAGUAAAUAACCAUGUAUAAUUCAUUGUGUAUACAAUAUAUAGCAAACUAUACAAUGUAUAUUGUAAGGUGCAACUAUAUUGUAAACCCCAUAUUAAUUAACCUAUUAUACAAUGUAUAUGCAAGGAUUUUACACCAAUGUUAAAAUAUAAUAGGUUGGGGUAAGUUUGUGUUUUACCCAACGAUGUAAAAUGUAAGGACACCGCGUUAAUUCAUUCCAUUGAAUUGUAGUUUGGGGUAACAUGGUCUACAUUUUUAUUCAUAUAAAAUUGUUUCUAAAACAGCUCUUCCUGCAUUUAUUUUCAUACCAAAGUUUAAACGUCCUAUAUCGGUCAUAUUCGUCUGAGUGAAUGAAACUCAACAGCGCAAAAUAUUCACGCUGUUGAACAACCUGUAUCGGACGAUGAAACAUUGGUAUAUAAGCCGGAUAUGCCAGAAGUGUUGUUCUAGAAAUAAAAGUGUAAUAUCAUUUAUCACAUAAUGAUAAUAUAUUGUACACUUAUUAAUUACACCAUAUGACUUGUACACUGAACUUAGUGGUGUUUCCAAUCCAAGAUUAAUUGUGCUUUAGUUACUUAUGUUUAUGCUUUGUGUGUUACUGGAAUAUGAUUGUACGACAUCUGUAUUGCAAUACACUUUGUACUGAUAA